AUGACUGUUCAUCUAUUCGGAGCAGUUUCCUCUCCAAGCUGUGCUUGUUUCGCUCUGAGAAAGACUGCUGAGAGCAACCAGACCAACUUUUUGCCGGAAGUGAUUGAAACUGUCAAAAGAAAUUUCUAUAUGGAUGACCUUUUGAAGAGCCUGCCUUCUGAGAAUGAUGCAGUCACUAUGGCUAAAGAUCUCAUAACCAUUUGCAGCAAAGGAGGAUUCACUCUAACCCAAUGGACAAGUAACAGUAGAGACGUGCUUCAAAGUAUCCCAGGGGAACUAAGGUCUCAAACUUUGUGUGAGCUGGACUUGACUAAGGAUAAGCUGCCUGUGGACAGGGCAUUGGGUUUGCAGUGGUGUACCGAGACAGACAGCUUCAAGUUCAAACUCAAAAUCAAAGAAAAACCUACCACCAAAAGGGGCAUGUUGUCCAUCAUAAGCUCUGUCUACGACCCACUUGGAUUCCUUGCACCUCUCAUUCUCCCGGCUAAACUGCUUUUACAAGAACUAUGCAGGAUAAAAUGUGCUUGGGAUGAUCCAAUACCCCCAGCUUUCCAGGAAAAGUGGAACAGAUGGUUGGCAGAUCUAAAGACAUUGUCAGAGAUCCAAGUCAGUCGAUGCAUCAAGCCCAAAGGAUUUGGAAAUGUGGUUUGUGCCCAGUUGCAUCAUUUCUCUGACGCAAGUGAGAAUGGGUAUGGCACAGCCACGUAUAUUAGAAUGGAAAACAUCAGUAAAGGGGUGCACGUUUCUUUUCUCUUUGGUAAAGCAAGAGUGGCUCCUCUCAAGCCCAUUACCAUUCCACGCUUGGAGCUAACUGCUGCUGUUGUCGCCAUCAGAGUGGACAAAAUGCUUCAAAAAGAGCUCCAGCUGCCGUUGAAGGAAUCCUACUUUUGGACUGACAGCACAUCUGUCCUGAAAUACAUACAAAAUGAGGACCGGAGAUUUAAAACCUUUGUUGCAAAUAGAAUAACAACGAUCAGGGAUGGUUCAAAGGUUACACAGUGGAGAUAUAUUCCUUCAUGUUCAAACCCAGCUGAUGUUGCUUCACGUGGAAUAAAGGCAGAUGGCCUUUGGAAACAAAGAUGGCUGGAGAGUCCUGCAUUUCUAUGGGAACCCGAAGAUAAAUGGCCAAAAUCAUGCACAGAAUUGAGUGUUACUGCUGAUGACCUGGAGUUCUACCAUUCUUAA